AUGGCCAAGAUAUCCUCAACUGCGCAAGAUCAGCCGACUGCGGCGCCCGUCCGCUCGACUCGACAGACGCGCAGUGCGAGUGCUGAGCCGGCCGAGACUGCGCGACCGACACCGACCCGUUCGAGAGGACGCAGAGUGCAGAAUGAAAAUAGUGGCAAUACACCCGGGAACAGCAAGGGACGAAAGUCGAAGUCGAAGCCAGCUCCACCAGAUCUUACGACAGUGGAAAAAGAUGUCGAAGAGGAAAUCGACGCAGAUGCAGUUGACGACGACGAGGCCGAGCUGCAGGCUGAUGCGCGGGUCCAAACAGAGCUGGCUGGUCUAGCCAAUCUACCUCGCGAACGUCGUGUCUCAAUCGCCGCCUCGGCCAUGUCUGGCACUACCGCAAAGACGUCUUUCUCCCAGGAAGAGCUGGAGAUGCUUGACCAUGAUGUUAUGGUUGAUGAGCUGCCCAAGCUGGCUGCUGCUGCUCAGGAUCUGGUACAGCUCCUGCUGCCGGAAGGUCCGGACACAGAACACGACACAUGGAAAGAAGUCAGGCGAACUGGCUCGAGACUCAAUAAGCUCCAUCAGCGCCGGCUCAUUGUUCUGAAUACGUACAAGCAGAGCUUUGGUACGAUGCCCUACAUACGUCCGGACCUCGUUCUUCGCGGUGUACUGAGCACACAAGACGUCUACGACCUGCCGCAUGCAUCAUGGAGGCCGGACGAUAUACUGCUCAGGAUCAAUCUUGCUACUAUGCUGGACAAUUUGUUGAUCACUUGCGACCUCAGUAAUUGGGACUCCGAGUGCAGCACCGUGCUUGAACAGCUUUCCGUCGCCUUCCCCGCCUGUAUUGCUGGCGGUGAAUUUAGUUCUGCAGCACUGGAUUUCUAUCUCGACGUGGUCGCACAGGUCGUCAUCACUCAUCUCGAAGCUUCUUCCACCAGCGCACCAUCCUUCUCUCCCCACGAGACCAUCGGCGACUUGUUCUAUGAUGCGGACAGUGUGUUCAGGCAGAUGGAAGCCCUUGGCAUUGCGCGUCUCGAAGAUGCCGACCAACGCUCUGCAUUCGGCCUGGUCAAGCAGUAUGCCGAGGCAUUGAAAGCACCAUUUGAAGAGGGCAGCACGGACAACGCGAGAGCUGGUAUUGGCCAUCUGAAGGCCCAAUUUUCAUGGGACUCAUUCCAAGAUCAUGUCGUGCGCUAUGCUCAUGCUCGAUCUAUCGAGCUUCAGCAAACUAUCGCCCAGGCUGGUGGCAUCGAGCAGAUUCUGACGGGACUUGGGAAGGAAGUGCAGCAACGGGAACAAGAGAAGUAUGUCCUCAAAACGAAGCGCAAGUCCCUCGAAGCCAAGCAGCGAAAGUCGUUGAAUGGCAAAGUGGAUCUGCGAAAUAUCAUGAGCAGUUUUCCGGAGGCUCACAAGAUUGCACCUAUCGCGGAGGACGACCAAGCAGAACCUGCCGCCCCGCAGAUCAUCCCAGAACCGACUGUCGUCGAAGCAGACUCGCUCUUCAUGCCACAAAAUGAUGUAGCAGACCCGGGUGAGCUUUCCAAGGCUCCAGAAAGCCCUGCAGCACCUCGAUCAAGUCUGCAGGUAUCUCUGGCGUUCCAAGAGCUCCAACGACAGAAUACCGCGAAGCAGCAACGUCGACUCAUCGAUGCACAGCCAAAUGCCCAGCGGGUAAAUUUUGAUGAUGACGAAGAGUUACAGAGUCAACGUGCCAAUCCUCAGCCGUCGGCGAGGCCCAGCUCACAAUUCAGACGACCUGACUCUUCCGUUAGAAGCAAAAGAAGCGCUGCCGAGAUGGAAGAUGAUGAUGACGAUGUUCCAGAUCCUACGCAGGAUGAGGGCUUCCAGACGGCCGCUCAGAACAAAGCAGGUGCAGCGCAGAGACGAAGAGAAGUGUCCUUUGCGCAUAUAGAUCGUCUCUCGGCCUCUGCAGAGCCUGUAGAUGAUGCUCCUGGACCCUCAUCUCGACAGUCCACAACACAAGGGCCGAGCCCGGCCAAGCGUCAGCGAAAGAACCCUGGCUCAACAAUACCUCCGCCCCUUCCCGCGGAAGAAACACAACCUGACGAGGAACGACUAUCGUUGUAUCAACGCGCCAAGGUGGUCGCGAAGCGAGACCGUGUCACCGCAAGGAUGGCGAAGCCCCCGCAAGUACGUCGUCCGUGGACUGACGAAGAGGAAGCUCAUUUGAUUGACCUCAUCGAGCAACAUGGCGACGAUGGCAUCAGCUACGCCUUGAUAAAGGAAUUCGACGAUAGCGAUGCAGACCCUAAGCUCAAGGCACGUUCUGCAGAGGACAUCCGAUUCAAAGCGAGAAAUAUGAAGGCUACUCUACUACUUUCUGGCACCGCAUUGCCUGAUAACUGGGACAAGGUUGUGCUUGACAGGAAGUCGAUCGACAAGCUCCACGCACGUGGUAUACCGUACCACCAAGAGAGGCUGCGAAAUCCUGUCCCUAUCGACUUCAGCAAUUAA